GAAGAAGAAGCGGCCGCUGCCCGUCCUCCCGCAGUGCAUGAUGGUCGGUGUACUGGCUGUAUCUGCAGCUGUGCGUCCUGUUGUUUUCAUCCCGGUUCUUCCAGUGUUCCUGUGAUGGUGAAGAGGGGAAACACCGGCUGCUGUGCUUCUCACGACAGCUAGCCUCCUGGGAGGCGAGUCCCAAUGCCAUGGCCUCCAGCCACAGCUCCUCCCCAGUGCCUCGUGGAGGCCGAGAUGGGAUCUAUCACAAGGAGCGAGAUCCCUCCCCCCGUCGCUGCCGGUCCAUCCGGUCCCUUCCCGACGUCUGUCCCAAGGAGCCCACCGAGAAUGUCAGAAAGUAGUCCAUCACAGUUUCCCAGAGCCCAAGGUGAGGGGCGGGGCCUGUGUGACGGCCCGUCCGUGGUGGCAGAGCACGACAGGUGGACGGUGUACAGCUCAAAGGUCAACCUCCCCGCCGCGCUGAACGACCCGCGGCUCGCCAAAAGGGAGUCCGACUUUUUCACCAAAACAUGGGGGCUGGACUUCGCAGAGACAGAGGUGAUGCCCUCCUUCUACCUCCCCAACAUCACCAGGGAACACUUCGGGCCCUACCUGCAGGAGACGGCUCAGAGGGAAAGAAUUCAUGAACGCUGCAAGACCAUCUGUCCCACCAAAGACGAUGUGGACGCUGCCUCCAGUAUCACCACCAACCACGACAAAUCCAGAGCUGAGCUGGAACAAGUCCCGAAGAUCUUCAUGAAGCCUGAAUUUGCUCUGGAGGACCCGGCCACCUUCAACAGCGUCCUGCCCUGGUCGCACUUCAACAGCGCCGGGGGGAAGAGCAGCAGAGACGUGGCCUCCUCCAAACUGCUGCAGGAGAAGCUGAGUCACUACCUGGAUGUGGUGGAGGUGAGCAUCGCCCGGCAGAUCUCUCUGCGCUCCGAGGCGUUUUUUCACGCCAUGUCCUCGCAGCACGAGCUGCAGGACCGGCUGCAGGAGACGCAGCAGGCCGUGGCCGUCCUGCGGGGCCGGACCGCAGCCAUCGACCGGGUCAUGUGCCAGGGGCCUCUACGGGCCGUCCGCACCGCCCUGACCCGCAACAACUGCGUGAAGCUGCACAACAAGCUGAAGCUGAUGGCGGCGGUGCAUCAGACGCAGCCCACCGUGCAGCUGCUGCUCUCCACCUCGGAGUUCGUCGGAGCGCUGGAGCUCAUCUCCACCACCAAGGAGGUGCUGCAGCAGGAGCUGCAGGGAAUCCACAGCUUCAGACAUCUGGGCUCCCAGCUGUGCGAGCUGGAGAAGCUGAUCGAUAAGAUGAUGGUGGAGGACUUCAGCAUGUACGCCCGCAGCGACCUGAACCGCAGCCUGAGGGACGAGCCGCAGGUCCUCGAGAAGGUCCACAAACCAAAUGCUGCCUCACAGAAGGAGCGUCUGGAGUCUCUGGUGUUCGGCCUGCUGCGGCAGAGGAAGCUGGACUUUCUGGAUAUUUACAGCGAUGAGAUGAUUGUGGCUGCUAAAGCCAUCGUCACUCAGUGUGUGGCAGAAAGUGUUUUGCACAUAGAAGAAAUUGACACUGAAGUCGUCACUAAACUAGCUGACCAGAUGCGUGUAAUGAUGUUCCCUCAGUGGUUUGAGCUGCUGAAAAACGUCUUUGAGAGUUUUCUUCUCUUCCUGCAGAGGAUCAAGGCCACUCUGAUCGUGAUCAAAAACGUGGUUCUGGAGGUUCUGUCCUCGAACCAGAAGAACCAGCUCCCAGAGGAGGCAGCGGCUUCAGGCCAGGAGGCUUCCCACGGCUCGUCGCUCCUGCAGGGGGAGGCCGAGCUGGCCUACCUCACCCACGAGGGUCUGUUCAUCAGCGACGCUCUGAACGAGGCCCAGCAGCAGCAGGAUCAGAGCUCUGCGGUGGGCUCCAGGAUCCAGCAGAGCCGGGCGGAGGCUGCCGGCAGCGACUCUGCCUCUGGGACCACCGAGACCUCCGUCAGCAGGGAGCAGAGCUUCAUGUCCGGUGAGAACAUGAUGCCCACAGACCUGGAGCUGAACCGUGUGAUCAGCAACAUCCAGGAGCUGCUGUACUCCGCCUCCGAUGUCAGCCACGACCGCUGCGUCAAAGUCCUCACAGCCAGAGCCAAGGACGGCUCUCUGGAGCGUCUGAGCUCUGCGGAGUUUGUGUGCCUCUCUCGGGCGGUGGAGGGCUUCGUCAGGGACACCGAGGAGCUGUGCGGCAGGCGCAGCGUCUCCCUGAGGGGGGCGCUGCAGAGCCAGGCCAACCGCUUUGUCCACCGCUUCCACGAAGAACGCAAGACCAAACUCAGCCUCCUCCUGGAUAAUGAGCGCUGGAAGCAGGCGGAGGUUCCUGCUGAGUUUCAGGAUCUGGUGAACUCCAUCGCUGACGGCAGAAUAACACUACCAGAGCGCAAAAUCCCAGGUCCAGAGGACAGGAAGCCCGCUGACUUUCUGCUCGUCAACGGGCAAAAAUACGCCGUCGUCGGGACGGUUCUGCUGCUGAUCCGGAUCUUUCUGGAAUACUGUCAGUGUGUCAACGACAUCCCAUCCAUCGCUACCGACAUGCUGACGCGUCUGUCGGACCUCCUCAAGCACUUCAACUCUCGCAGUUGCCAGCUGGUUCUGGGAGCCGGAGCUCUGCAGGUUGUCGGCCUCAAGACCAUCACCACCAAAAACCUUGCGUUAGCUUCCCGCUGCCUGCAGCUGGUGGUUCACUACAUUCCCAUCAUCAGAGCUCAUUUUGAGACCAAACUGCAGCCCAAACAGUUCAGCGUCCUCAGACACUUCGACCACAUCACCAAGGACUACAAUGAUCACAUAUCAGAGGUAUCUGCUAAGCUGGUGGCCAUCAUGGACAGUCUGUUUGAGAAGGUUUUAUCAAAGUAUGAAGUGAAGGCUCCGAUGCCCUCGGCCUGCUUCAGAAAUGUCUGUAAGCAGAUGGCAAAGAUGCACGAAGCCAUUUCUGAACUUUUACCCGAAGAGCAGACACAGAUGCUGUUUCUGAGGAUUAACGCCAGUUUUAAGAUGCACCUGAAGAGGCAGCUGGCUCGACUCGGGGUCGUUAAUGAUGGAGGACCACAGCACGGGCUGGUGGUGGUGGACGUGGCGUUCUACACGGAGAACAUCCAGGUACUGAAGAGCCUCGAGCGGCUCGACCUGAACAUGGCCGAGAUCUGGGAGCAGAAGAGGUGAUGGAGGACGGCGACGGGACGUCCAGGACCGACCGACCCGGCGACGGGUUGCCGACCUCGGGGGGCCGACGGCGGCCGGCUGAGGCUGGAGGAGGCCCGCAGGGACCAAAAACACAAAACUGGGAGAAGAACAGCAGCAACACGCUGGGGCUUCCUGCUCCACCUUAAAAGACUUUAUCAAGCAACACACAGAGCCUCCUUAAAAAAACUGCUGCCACCUCAUCUCACUGUGCGCAAUCCAACAGAAAUACUGGUAAAUUAUUAGAGACAGUUUUAAUGGGAGUGAAGGGUGUCGAUAAUGUUUCAGAAAUGGCGGGGUAAUUUAUUUUUCUGUCGUCUUGAAAACAUCCUCUGCUGUGGCGGACUUUUUCUCCAGCGGGCCGGGACGUUGGAGCCGAAGGGAUUUUUUUUUAACAUCAACGCACACUGAAACAAGAGUUAUUCUCGCUGGUUUUGCAGACUUUUGCUAAAACUUCGCAGCUGAGGGUUGAGGGGUCGGGUUAUUUUUCUCCUUCCUGCUCUGAGAGCAUCGACAGGGUUCAUUCACGGUGUUUCCAAACGUUUUCCGAACCUCGUUCGGCAGCUGGUUUUGGUUUUAUUCUCUGUGGUGACGGCUGAAAACAUAGACAUGAAUUCUUUUAUACUCAAAAUAAGAAUAUUUUCCAGACCUCUUGUGUUCAAGACCUGGAAAUCCAGACAGUCUGAGACCUGGAGCAAUCCCAAUGAAGCAGGAGCUGUUAAAGCCAUGUCAUUGAAGAGUUAAUUUCCUGAACAUUUUGAAUAAAACAAAUCCGGGCUGUGAAAGAAUCACAACUGUCAGCUACAUCCUGUCGUUACCAAAGUAAAACGGUUUCUAAUUUGGGAAAUAAACUCUUCAAUUGCACUUUUUUUUUUCUCCUUUUAAACAAUCCAACCAUGCAUCAAGUUUCGGCUGAGUGAUGAUCCACACUCAGUAGUACAUGUAGUUAAUUGAUGCAGAGCAUAAAGCAUGAAAAUCAGCUGUUUACUCAAACUACUGUUCACCUUCUUCCUCCUACUGGUUUAUUUAAUCUGCAUGAGCUUUUUGUUUCCUUCGAGGGACAAACGACACAAAACGGAACAGAAAAUCUGAUUUAUUUAUUUAUUUGUCAAAUGAGGAAAAACAAACAUCCAGAGUUGAAACCUGCACAAGGCGAAAUGUUUCUACUCAUUAAUGAAACGGUGCGUCGGCAGCAGAUUCUUCAUGUCUGUCCAAAGUAAAUUCACGUGUUUCCAUGAACACGAGCAGGAAAACUUCUUCAGAGACAAAUUUGCUGAAUGAAACGUAAGCGAGCGCCGCGUCCAGAGGAAAAGCCCUGACAGGAAGCUGUCAGAAAAUAAUCACGUGACCGAGUCGUGUUUCCCAGGUGUUUGUGUUCGGGCAGUUAUUGGUCACAGGUGAUCACAUCACAACACGCGGACCAAUCAAACUGCAGCAGGGGGUCGUGACCCGAAAAGUUUGAACCCUGAAACUGAUGUUAGAAGUCACUUUCUCGUGGUGCGUUCAGGUUGCUGUCACUGAGGGGGGGAAAAAACAAAACAAAAAAAGGCUCCACCCAGUCGUCGCUGAUUCACAUUCAAAAAUGUGUCCUAAUUCCUUCAAAAUAAAGGUGGUGGUGUGAAACAUGGUGAGCACUAAAAACCUGAAUAGUUGAGCUACUUUAAACAUGAGCAGACAAUAUAAUGCCGUUUUAACACACCUCGAUCAAAAGUAGUUGUCAACGUGACUUAUCAAGUGAAAAUGUCAACUUUGUGGUGAUAACGGUUGUUAUUUAAAACUUGUCCUGGUGCAACUUUCUGUAGAUGAAGUAAAUCUCCUGACGAGGAACGCCCGAAACGCACCGUUAGACCUCUUGUUGUCAGGUUGCCUCAUUUGUGGGCUGUGGUACACCCACACAGGUGUUUCCAGGUGUUUCCAGGUGUUCUGGCUGGCUGUGAGGGCAAUGGUGGGAAACACACUUGAAUAGAGCGCAGGUGACAAUGACAAGUGGUGUUUCGAUUACGUGCCUUUUGAUUCCACGGAAACCACGGCCACCUGGCUGAAACCAGCACUGUGCUGGUGUGGUUUUGGAUCAGACCUGUUCUCAGGACUGAGUGGUUGUGGAUAACCUUUUGGUUGAUUGACAGCUCCCUCACUCACCUGUUAGAGCUGUAAACCUCUAAACUCCCGGUGUAGCUCCCACCUUACCUGAGAAAACCUGUGCUGGUGUUUACAGCACUCACCUUGUUCGGCGCCAAAAUGCAGUUUUCUUCUCUAUCAGAUUUUCUGUUCCUGGGUGCCGUUUAGCCGUUCUGAACUCUGACCAAACAAAACACACCUGUCCAGCUGUGGUCACAUCACCUGCAGUACAACAGAAAUCACCUCGGUCUCUGAAACCUACAUGAACACUACAGGCAGCGUUUGGCUUCAAUACAAGAUUGAAUAUACUGGAGCUCAUCAAACCAGACAGCUUCUCUUCUGGUUUCUGUUUUACUGCAUUAAUCAGCUAAAGUACUUUAAUCCAGCAGGUUUAUCAGAGAGAAAAUACUCGUUUAUUUUUUAGAUAACGUCCCGUUAUCGCGAGAGAAUUUUAUCCUGAGAUAAUGUGACAAUUAACUAAUGAUCUUGAGAUAUUGCAUUAAAUGAAUUACUGCUGUUGUCGAGUCCCAACAAGUUAGGAACAAGUCUGCCCAAAUCAGCUCCGUACGUAUGAGGGCAGAUGUCAAAGUGGGCGGGACAACAGGGGUGUGAUGUGACCACCGCCGUCAGUUUCCUGUAUGAGACAAAAAGCAUCAACUAUCAUCACUGUCUGCUUCAGAAGUGCCUACUUUUGAUUGACUGUCAGAGACGACACAUCUGAGCUCUCCACUACAGUGUGCCUACCAUACCACUGUGUGUAUGUGUGUGAGAGAGAGAGUGUGUGUGUGUGUGUGUGUGAGAGAAGAAUGAGUCGACCCUCUCUGUUGGGUUCAGACGAGUCGGGCUGCAUGUCAGAAUCCAAAAUGUCUUGAAUCCUUCAAACCUGAUGUGAAUAAAACAGGAUGACGGAG